AUGGAUAUUUCGGGAAAAAUUACUAUUGACACUUAUCAACAAUUGGCUCAUUUCGUUGAGUGUCCGAUUUGCUACACCAUAUACGAUAAACCCAUGCAAAUGGGUUGUGGCCAUACAUUUUGCUCAACAUGUAUCGGAAGCUUGGUGGAACGAGUGAAAACUCCUGGCGCUACAGAAAUCAAGUGCCCAGAAUGCAGAAAGCCAACGACAGUUCCUGUGGACGGGCUUCCAGUCAAUUACAGAAUUCAGGAGAUCGAGUCUAUUUCGAUUGCUCACAGUGUGCUGAAAAUGGAUGCAAAAUAUGCCCAAUGUGCGCACUUCGUGGUUGAAAAGAAGGCGUUGACAUCUGAAGACGUUCGUGUGAUAAAGGAAAAGAUCAAUGAGGCAUCGGCACGAGCAUGUGAAGCUCUUAAAAACAUCAAACCUCAAUUUGAGUCAGUUGGAGGAAGCGUCGAAAAAAAAGUGGUCGAGAAACUUGAAUCUUUCUUAAAAAUCUUUGACUUCAUGUUGAAUUCAUUCGACAGCAAAAUCAAAGAUACUUCAACUAUGGAUGAGCUGAUGGUAGAAGUUAAAAAGGCGGAACAAGUAGCUGAAACAUAUGAAAAAGGAAGAAAAACUGAUGAACUGAUGGCUGCUAUCGAAAGAGCUAUCGAGGAAUAUCUCAAACCGUUUGAGAAACUCAAACAAGAGUUGAAAUUUCAAGCGGAUAUUCCUGAUAUUGCUGGUGCACCGGCUCCGGAUACACCUCCUACUCAUGCUGCUCGAGCACCACCACCGCCACCUCCUAGUGCGUAUAAUUUUCUCGCUGAGGCGUUGAUACAUGGAUCAAGAGCUGGUCGUGUCAUUGAUGAUUUCGCUCAGCAGCCAGCAAAUGUUUCAUUUUCUGUUCAUCCAACAGCCCCUUGUAGAAUUAUGGGACCUCCAGGACGUCGAAUGAUGCCAGGUCAUUUUCGUCAACUCAUGCGACUGCAACAGCAACAGGAACAACUCCAACAACAACAACAACCAGAACAAGACCAUCAACAACCACCACUGAUUGAUUUAUUAUCUGGAUUUGGAUUUGAUUAA